AUGAGACUCUCAAAUCUUGGCCAGCCUGCAGACCAGGCUACACAAUCUCUCCUAGCACAACCCACAGAGAAAUCCAUACAUCCUCCACCGCCGGAUAAGGUCGUACCCCAAUCAGCCGAACCUCCAGCCAAACGAUUGAAGAUCACAUUCAACCGGGGCGGGAAUAUGCCCCAGAUCCUGCCUCAUCCUCACAUACAGCCUCCAUCUUACACCCUGCCCACAUUCACGACCACGCCGCAGCCCGUGCGGAAUACUGCUUCUGCGCCUCGGGGCCGGAGAAGGGGUGGGGCGAGCCUAUUCGGGAAGCGCAAGCGUGCAGACGAAGAUAUCAUCAAGGCAGGACCGGACUCUUCGUCUGAGGACGGUGACCCUGAUUAUGAGGCAGGUUUUAUGCCCAGUUCAACGCAGACUCGCUCCGGUCGAGCGGUUAAUCGGCCUGCGGCUUAUACUUCGAUUCUUCCUUCUCCGCAGAAGGAUCCGAGUCUCCCGGAAAAGGCUACGAUUACUAGCACAAGUACAAGCACGGGCACAACUCGAAAACGCAAGCAUUUCUUCCGUAAGAAAGAUGCGAAUAUCAUUUGCAUUCAUUGCCAGAGGGGAAACAGCCCUUCGACCAAUACUAUUGUCUUCUGCGAUGAAUGCAAUGCGCCGUGGCACCAGAGGUGCCAUGAUCCUCCGAUUGACGACGAGGUUGUGCUUGUGAAGUCAAAGGAGUGGUCUUGUCAUGAGUGCAAGCCCGUGCCGCGACCGACUGCCCCAUCUGACAUGUAUCAAAAACAAAAGAAGAAGACAACACAUCCCGUGCAGCCUCUGACCAAGGCUCCUCCUGCUCCGCAGUUUCAUGUCGGAGGGAACUGGUUCACUGCGGCAGAGAGGCGAGCGUACCUCUCGUCUCUCUCUCAUGCCUCGCUCGUGGAGUUGCUGGCCACUAUUUCAGAUAAAAACCCGACAAUUCCGAUCUUCCCUGUCAAUAUGAACGAACUGCGGGCCUCUGAAUUCGUUUACCAGCCAAAGACAGCACUUGCUAUGGCCUCGGUGAUGAAUGAGCGCGGCGCCGAUUCGAUGAAGACACCUCCUGAAUUGCCCAUCAUCAAUCCGGCGAUGAGAACUCGCAGGGCUUCAGUGCCAGUCAACCAGGCGACUUCAUGGACCGCCAGGCGGAAGACGCCCUCUCGCGGAACCUCUGCCCCGACGAAACCCACGGCAACCAACUCUGCAGAUGACCCGACAACUGGGGUACAUGCUGCUCCACAGACCUCGGAAUUUCCCGUCCCUGAGGGAUCUCAAAUACAAGAUCAGUCUUCGCCUGUCGCUGCAUCUAUUGAACCACCCAAACCAGAAAUCCAUGACCAGAAGCCUGCGCGCACAGAGGCGGACGACGAGGACUUUGAAGAGGUUGAGGACCACCGUCUUUACCCACGAGCGGGCAAUGGAUUUCGUCCGCCGUUAGGUCCAGAUGACUUGGACAUCCUUCGAGAAGAUCCUGAGUGUACGACAUUCAGUCAUGCCCUGCAUGGGCCUGCGAAGCACGCCAAGAAGCCGGUUCAGGUGUGGGGGAUGAUGAUGAAGGGGUAG